AUGGCCAUGAUGUUGAGAUGUCUUAAUAGGGAUCAGUUGUCGAAGUACAACAACGACGGACUCGUUAGCCAUACCAGUGAAGAACAAAGAAAAGUUGAGGAAUCGAUUGAGAGAUGCUAUGAAACCAUUGAAAGCAUUGCGCAAAAUGACAAUCAAGUACCGCUUCUGUUCCGCGACAAACACAAUAGAUAUUUAAUCCGCGGUUUGAGUCAACCAUUGCAUCAGUCAUUUGAAUGUCUAGACUCUUCUCGUCCGUGGCUUACGUAUUGGAUAACUCACUCUCUGGCCAUUCUCGACAAUAACGCCGAAUUAGAAUUAAAUGCUCCAAAAGUUGUCACAUUUCUAUUGAAUUGCAAGAAUAAAGAGGGCGGAUAUGGAGGCGGACCGCAACAGAUCUCGCAUUUGGCCACAACUUAUGCGGCGGUCAAUGCUUUGGUAACCUUUUGCGACGAAAACGCAUUGCAGUCCAUUAACCGAAACGAAAUUAAAACUUUUAUACUUUCGAUGAAACAAAAUGACGGCUCAUUUCGCAUGCAUUCCGGAGGAGAAAUUGAUAUUCGUGGCGCGUAUUGUGCGAUAUCUGUGACCAAACUUUUGGGCAUUGAAGACGAGAAUAUGUUUGAUAAUACUGUUGAAUGGCUGCUAUCGUGUCAGACAUACGAAGGCGGGUUCGGUGCGGCGCCGGGCCAUGAGGCUCACGGGGGCUAUACGUUCUGCGCCGUUGCAGCUCUCAUACUACUCAAGAGUUUAGACAAGUGUGACAUUAAAUCAUUGCUAAAAUGGGUUACAAAUAAACAACACAAAUAUGAAGGCGGGUUUGCCGGCAGAACUAAUAAAUUAGUUGACGGCUGCUAUUCCUUCUGGGAGGCGGCAGUCCUUCCCAUUGUUCACAUCUAUUUGACACAACAAAAUCCAUCGAUAGUGCCCACCAAUAAGUGGCUCUUCAAUCAGAAUGCGUUACAGGAAUACCUGCUCUGUUGCUGUCAAGAGAGAAGCGGUGGUCUAAUUGACAAACCGGGCAAAAAUCGUGAUUAUUAUCACACCUGUUAUACCUUAUCUGGGCUUUCAAUCGCGCAAAACACGCUCUCAAGUCAAAGACCACAACACGGGGCGAAGAGUACGUGGAAGUCGUGUUCGCAAUACUUCCGGCCCUCAAACUCGUAA